GACGGAGCGACUGUGUUCCUGUCAGCACGCUGUAGUGAGCUCAGCUUUACAGCCUAGAAGGUGUUCAGAAACCGCAGCUGAUGUGUGUGAACGGACGGACGGUAAUGUGUCUGCCUUCUGCUGUUUAAAGCACUAGAUUUACAUGGAACAAUUACUUUCAUAGGACAAUGGACACAGAGUCUUUAGCUCUUUUCUCGGAGAGCAGUAAUCCUGCCUUACAAUCCACUUACAGCAAUGAAAGCAAAAAUGGUGAUCACCUGCCCUCAAGCAAUACUAACACACAGAAUGGAUCUCCAGGGGAUAGCUCUAAAGGACCUGAUGCCAUGUCAAAGAGGCAAAUGAAAAAGCUGAUCAAACAAAAGCAAUGGGAAGACCAGCGAGAGCUCAGAAAGCAGAAACGAAAAGAGAAAAGACAAAAAAGAAAACUGGUUCGCCAGGCCCAAGUAUCGCAGACUGGGGAAGAUCUCAGUAAAAGAGUUCGCAGGGACAUCCAGCCCAGUGAAGUGCGUCUUAUAAUUGACUGCAGCUUUGAUGAUUUGAUGGCAUUGAGGGAUGUGAAAAAGUUAAAUAAACAGAUACGGAGGUGCUAUGCAGAAAAUCGUAGGGCGAUCCAUCCUGUUCAGCUCUAUCUAACAAGCCAUGGGGGACAGCUGAAAGGUAACAUGGAUGAAUAUGACAAGGGAUGGAUCAAUUGGAAGGAUAUUCAUAUUAAAUCUGAGCAUUACAAAGAUCUUAUGAAACUUGAAGACCUGGUGUAUCUAACAUCGGAUUCUCCUGAAGUCCUCCAUGAGCUAGAUGAAACCAAAGCUUACAUUAUUGGUGGCUUAGUAGAUCAUAACCAUCAUAAGGGUAUUACUUAUAAACAAGCUUUGGAACUUGGAAUCAGCCAUGCUCAGCUGCCUCUGGGAAGUUUUGUAAAAAUGAAUAGUCGCAAAGUUCUAGCAGUGAACCAUGUGUUUGAAAUAAUUCUCGCUUUCCUGGACAAAAAAGACUGGAAGGAGGCCUUUUUCUCUGUUCUACCUCAGCGCAAGGGAGCAAUACCUAUUGGCGAGCUGUGUCCGGCUGCAUCUUCUAUGACACAAGAGAACCUGCCCACAGAAGAAUCCGGCAGUGUGAGUUACAGGAGUUGUAGAUCUAUGGAGCUGAUCACUGUUUGGUCCAUAACAUCACUGCUCUUCUGGUCCCAUAGAAAGGGAAGCAAGCAUCUCUAAGGGUAUGUUCACAUUACAGAAUUUCUGUGCUGAAUUUCUAAAAGGAAUUUCCUCUUGAUCUCAAUGAGAGGCUGCUGCUCCCUGUACACUGUGGAAGUUCGACUCACUGAACUAAUGCUGCCAAAUAAUGUUUGGCGGUAGGAAUGGAAUUGAUAUCUCCAAACAAAUGUUUUUUUUUAGUGGAACCCGCCCUGAACUAUACUAUCGUCUGUGAGACAGCACUUCAAUUCUUGGAGACUCCUCUCCAUGAGAAAAAUUUAGUGCAAAACAUUCAUAGUGUGAUCAUGUCCAUAAGCAUUAUUCUAUAAGUGAAUGGUUUUACAGAUAUAACUGCGUGGUGAAAGGUCUGAGAGUUGAGGUAUUUGGCGCAAUCCCAUUGUUUAUAGGAAGUCCAAGACUCCAAGACCAGUGUCCUGUCUACACAUUAGAGCAUGUAGAAAUAAGAUGUAUGGUUCUUUGAGCUAGAGUAGGUUAAAAUGAGAGCAGCGUAUACCUGCAACUCUCACUUCAACUUUUGUAUAGAGCAGAAGAGGAUUAGCAAGCAAAGUGCAGGUUGACCUGUAUACCUUCAGAUGACCACAUGGACGUUUGUUCACGGCAUCAUAAUACACAUACAAUUUUCCUACUUCUGACAUGGGUGCUCGAGCAGGACCUGCCGGCACAGCCAAUCACAGGUAGAGAUGGGACACAGCUACAGCCAGCGAUUGUCUAAGCCAGCAUGUUCUGCACAAACACUCAUCUCAGUAGCAGGAAGAUCAGGGGCGGACGGAGCCAAACCGAAGCUGCAGGGGACCGGAUGUAGGCACUAUGGAUUAUUAUUAUUAUUAAUUUUUUUUUUUUUUUUUUUUUAUAAAUUACACCCAUCAUUUGUUUUUUAAAAUAUAUACAAAAUGCUGGAAUAUCCAUUUAAUAAUCUAGGUCCCCCAGCUCUCAGAAUCAGCAGGAGUAUGGCAAUGUAUGUUUUAAAUAAGAAUGUAUGA